GAAGAGAGCUGGGGAGCAACUAACAUACCCACAGUAUCUCAUCACUUGCUCUCUGGAAAUGCUUCAGAUGGGCUCCUCGUAGUAGCUGCAAAAAAAAAAAAAAAAAAAAAAAAACGUUGCAGAAAUGCAAUUCUUGCCGCUGCCGUUCAGACAUCCUGUGCGUCCUUAAUAGUGCGUAUUGAGCUCCGGAGAAACUUGGACCAAAAGGAAUGCGCGUGUUUUGGCAGGGAUCGUGUAUUUUAUUUUCUUCUUCUUUUCCUACAUUUAUUUUGAGGAAUGAAGACGGCCAUACGGAGUGAGAAUCUUUAUCUAGGUUUGUUUUGAGAGAGAGAGAGACAGAAAAAAAAAGACAGCCCGAGAUCUCAGACGAACUGCUGCACUUUAACUUCCCCUUUAGAAGGAAGAGCUGUCCGUUCUGCGAGAUCCAUCAGGCUGGGCGCAGGAUCUCCUCAAUUUGAUGAAGAAAGUUCUGCUUUUCAGCUCGGUGGAUUUUUUUUUAUUUUUAUUUUUAAAGUGAUUCCUUGACGGAGGUUUGAGGGUUGGAGACCUGCCUCUGUGGACAUACGGGCUGCCGACGAGCUGCCACAAACGCUUACGCACAAGUCUCUGGCUCAGGCAGAUCUUCCGAUGACCUAAUGGAACUGAAUUUACGAGUAGUAUUGUUUUGGGUCGUGGUGCUGCACGGUGGCUCCGUCGAUGGCAGUAUCCUCUACAGAGUCCAGGAGGAGCAGCCACCCAACACUCUCAUAGGCAGUCUGGCAGCGGACCAGGGGCUGCCAGAUUCAGGUCACCUCUACAAGCUUGAGGUGGGUGCCCCUUAUCUCCGAGUUGAUGGGAAGACAGGAGACAUUUUCACUACUGAGAUUCCAAUAGACAGAGAGACCCUCCGGGACUGCCGGUCCCUGGCCAAGGGCAAGCCGUGCUACUUGGAAUUUGAAGUAUCGGUAACAGACCUGAUACAAAACCAGAGCCCACGACUUAUUGAAGGACGUAUUGAAGUACAGGACAUCAAUGACAACACCCCGCAAUUUCCCUCUUCUGUGCUCACCAUCUCAGUACCUGAGAACACAAUCAUGGGGGCAUUAUUCUCCAUACCUCUAGCCACUGACAGGGACUCUGAGAGGAAUGGAGUGGCUGACUAUGCGCUGACUGCGGGCCCCGAUGCAGCAACGCUAUUUGGUUUACAAGUGGCGGAGGACAGGGGAGGGAAACUCCCACAGCUCAUCGUCCUCGGCAAUUUGGACCGCGAGUUAAAGGAUUCUUACGACCUCACCAUAAAGGCGGUGGAUGGAGGGAACCCUCAGCGCUACAGCAGUGCUCUGCUCAGAGUGGUUGUUACCGAUGCCAACGAUAACGCCCCUAAGUUUGAAAAGACUUCAUACGACGCAGAAGUUUUAGAAAACAGUCCAGUCGGGCACUCCGUGUUACAGGUCAAAGCAAAUGACUCUGACAUGGGCCCUAAUGGAGAAAUUGAAUACACCAUUCACCAAGCAGUUGACCCAGUACCAAGACUCCUACGAAUUGAUCGGUCUACUGGCAUUAUCUAUGUGAAGGGACCACUGGACAGGGAGGAAAUCAGCAGCUUGUCUUUCUAUGUGGUGGCAAGGGAUAAGGGUCCUCAACCUAAGAGCUCUAAGACGUUUGUAACGAUUGAAGUGACUGAUCAAAAUGACAAUGCUCCUGCUGUGGAGAUUCGUGGAAUUGGUCUGGUGACUCACAGUGACGGAGUGGCCAAUAUUUCAGAGGACAUGCCAGUGGGGACAGCUGUUGCUUUGGUGCAAGUGUCUGACAAAGAUGAAGGCGAGAACGCUGUCGUCACAUGCGUGGUUGCGGGAGAUGUGCCCUUUCAGCUUCGUCCUGCUAGCGACUCUCCCACUGACAACAAAAGAAAAUACUUUCUUCAGACAACCACACCUCUUGACUUUGAAAGAGUCAGGGACUACAGAGUAGAAAUUGUCGCAGUGGACUCUGGAAACCCAGCACUGUCCAGUACAAACUCCCUAAAAGUUCAGGUAACUGAUGUGAACGACAACUCUCCAAUAUUUUCCCCAACACUGUUUGAAGUUGACUUUGCUGAAGAAAACCAACCCGAGGAGAGGAUUUUGGAUGUCACUGCUACAGAUGCUGAUAGUGGCACUAAUGCCCAACUGCUGUACGAUAUUGUUGCAGAUUCAACCAUCAAAGGUUUGUUUGAGAUUGACCCAAACUCAGGUGAAGUAAGAGCUCGAAGCCCACUGGAUCGUGAACAUAAAGAGCGGUAUGAGUUUCGGGUCACAGCUGCAGACAAAGGUUCACCUGUCCAUAAAGGAACAGCAACAGUUGUGGUGAAAGUUCUUGACCGCAAUGACAAUGAACCAAAGUUCAUGCUUAGUGGGUACAGCUUUUCAGUACUGGAAAACAUGCCUCCCUUAAGUCCUGUGGGUAUGGUGACAGUUCAAGAUAUGGACAAAGGUGAGAAUGCCCGAGUUCACCUCUCCGUAGAACCUGAUGGAGGGAAGUUUGUAGUUCAGAAUGGAACAGGUACAAUUCUCUCAAGCAUCUCUUUUGACAGAGAAAAAGAAAGCAGCUAUACUUUCCGACUAAAGGCAGUGGAUGGGGGAGAACCACCCAAGUCCUCCUAUGUUGGUGUCACUAUCAAUGUACUCGACGAAAAUGACAAUGAGCCUGUCAUCACCAAACCCUCCAAUUCUUCCUUCAGGCGCUUAUCACCUCUCGCAUCUCCAGACAGCCAUGUUGAGGUGGUGGAGGCUGAAGACCUGGACAGUGGACCCAAUGCAGAGUUAGUCUUCAAUAUUGCUGGAGGAAAUCCUUACCAAUUAUUUCGCAUCUCCCCCACUACUGGAGAGAUCACUCUAGCAAAGGAGAUGACCCGCAAACAUGGGGGGCUGCAUCGUUUAGUAGUACGGGUGAGUGACAGGGGAAAGCCUCCACGUCAUGCAACUGCCCUGGUUCACAUCUAUGUCAAUGAAACGAUUUCAAAUGUCAGCUUCGUGGAAGCCUUAGUUGGACACAGUCUUUACACUCCACUAGACAGGGACAUUGCCGGUGAUCCUGACAGUGGUUUCGCUGCCCAUCGCAGUAACAUUUUGUUUGGAAGCCUGGCCGGUGUGGCGGGAGUUGUGAUGUUGAUCUUGGUGGUGGUGUUUAUUCGCCACCGCAUCCAGAGAGAAACAAAGAGUGGCUAUCAAGCGGGUAAAAAAGAAACAAAAGACCUAUAUGCUCCCAAGCAAGCACCCAAAAACACCAAAGGCAAACGAGGGCGAAAAGGCAAGCCGCAGAAGUCCCCAAAGCCACUUGGGGAAGAUGAGGAGGUCAGCCUACAAAAGAGUCUAAAGUUUAAUCUUGAUGGAGUAAACGACAGUCCCCGCAUACACCUGCCCUUAACAUAUUCCCCGGGAAGCCCCGACAUCGGUAGGCAUUACCGAUCCAACUCUCCCUUACCUUCUAUCCAACUGCAAGCCCAAUCUCCCUCAGCUUCUCAGAAGCACCAGGCCGUGCAGGACCUCCCUGCAGCCAACACCUUCGUUGGAACGGGAGGAGAUGACAACUCCACCGGCUCAGACCAGUACUCAGAUUACAGCUACAAGACCAGCCAACCCAAGUACAACAACAAACAGCAUCCCCAUCGUCGCGUGACCUUUUCCACCACCAACCCCGUGCAAGACCUGCAGGACGCCUCGCAGCACAGCUACUAUGACAGCGGCUUAGAGGAGUCGGAGACCCCCAGCAGCAAGUCCUCAUCUGGUCCUCGCAUCGGACCCCUGACCCUGCCCGAGGACCACUAUGAGAGGACCACCCCAGAUGGCAGCAUUGGAGAAACAGAACACCCAGAAAACGACAUCCGCUCCCUCCCUGACGUGGCGAUGACCGGAAACUGCACAACCGAAUGCAGUGAAUUGGGUCACUCGGAUGCCUGCUGGAUGCCGGGGCAUCCCUCCCCCAUGCGGAAGACCAGGAACCCCCCCAAGCUCUCCACAUUUGUGCCUUACCAGGAGAGAGGGAGUCUGGGUCGCCUGGCCAACGGCAGCGCCAGGCUGGGUGGAGAAGAGCACCGGUCGCGCCUUCCGCCCUCCCGCAGUGCCUAUUCCAGCAGCGGCCAGGACCCCAGUCAGGACUGUCCCGUAGAGGAGAUGCCCCUGAGCGUGGCCUCUGAGUUCCCGCCCACGUCCCCUUCUGCUCACACCCCCAAACGAGAGAUUUACCUGUGAGAAACAGAUUGGUACACAAAGAAAAGCUACACCCACUUCAGAAGAAGACAGAAAAAAAGACUGUCCACAUUCUAAAGCCUACAGUUGGGUUGUAAGUAACUAUUGGUCGUAACUCAUUUAAUCACUGGCAUGAACACUCGUCAUUUCUGACUCAAAUUAUCAGCUCAUCAGCAAAUCUUGGAAUGAUUCCACAAAGAUAAUUGAUGCACUCCCUCGUUUAUUUAUUGAAGCUCUCAACGGAUACAAUCCAGAAAGUUAGACAAGAAUCACAAGUGGAAAUAGCGACUUUAGCAGUGACAAAUUCUUGUUGUAGUUAGGCAAGGCCCAGUCUGUGAAGUGAGUUCUUGAAAGUUGUGAUCAGUGCUCUUGUGCCAUUUUAUAGGUAUUAUUUAAUAGACAGCUAAUCUGGCCAUAUCAGAAGGCAGAACACUUGAGACCAGGAGUUAGAUCAGAUGGCCGUUCUUAAUGUACAGAGCUGUAAAUACAUUUGAAUGGUGUGUUCUACAUAUAUUUUCGUCUGGCAUAAUCUUCUAAGAAUGCCUCUGAAUUUUAGCAUAUUUACGCUUUUCUUUACUGCUGCUGUGUAAACUUGACUGAAACCAUCUCCCAGUGAGGGACUCGAUAUUGUGGAAGGCAUUUAUUUGCUCCGCAGUAUCCCACGCGUCCCCGCGUGUGCACACUCACACACACCCACACACACAGACACCUUUGACCCCUAAUCAUAGUAGAAUGGCCUUUACCUCUGCUCCCUGUAGAGCUCCGCCACUGCUGGAGAGAACUGUGUGGCAGCAUUUAAAGCGACAUUAUGUCCCACUGACUUGCAGCACUGUGACCUGUCGCUCAUCAUGAAAACGGUUGACUUGGCCACAGAACCUGGAGGGUCACGAUGGCCAAACGCAGAGCUCGCCAGACACAUUCUGAUUGGCUUUUUGCUCCCUACUUGAGAUUAUACCAGUGCACCAGUUGCAGAACGUUUCUGUCUGUUGAGACAAUCAGAUGGGCUUCACUUGCAAGACACAAUUCGUUUGUACUCGCUUAACUUUGCAGUUCACAAGAAUUGAUGUAGAUCUAAUGAAUGAGGAUCUACUUUUUUGUUAAAAAAAAAAGUGUGGGGGGGCGGCACUUGAAUAGAUUAUGGUUACUAUUGGAACCGAAUAUCAUACCAAUAAAGUUGUUUAAGCAUCACGAUAGGUAAACCCACCUUGAAUGUGAAUUUCAAUUCAUAAUUCAUUGCAGUAAGAAUAAACAUGGGCCUGACAUGAAAGAAUAUAAAAUUUAUAUUUAAACUAAAGAUUGAAUUCCAAGUCAGACUUUGAUUCUUGAGAAUUCAGUGCAAAAUUAUUCGUAAACCUUUUUAUUCUUAUUAGAUUUUUUUCACUUUACAACCAUAAAUUUCAAUGCAUUUUGUUGAGUUUUCAUGGAAUAGACCGACAAUGUUGUAUGUGAUGCAAAACUGUUACUACACAUUACUCUAAAUACACCAUUCUCACAGUGAAACAAGGUAAUGGCAGUAUGAUCCAGUCCAACUACUUCCUCUGAAACAGACAGAUGUGUAAGAUUAUGCCUACAUUUAAGACGCAUCAGUCAAAUUUGACUGGCUUUUGCAUGUCUGGUAAAGAAACACAAAGGCAUAAUGAAACAUAGCUGUAGCAGUAUUCUGCUAUGGCAAUAGCAUAGAAGUCCUGACUCAUUAUGGGAACUCUUUUUAGAUUUUUAUUUCUACAAAAAUUAAAAUCAUGCGUUUUUAUUUUUAUACAUAGCAACAAAUGUUGGUCUAUAACACUGAACUCCAAUGAAACGUUUAAGUGUAUGAUUGUAAUGUGAAAGUGCUCAGAGUAUGCAGACUCUUGCAAGGCAUUGUGCAAGACAGGAUUGAACUUAAGCAGAAAGUUCAAAUGUAGGAUUGAAGCAUGGUAAUGACAUUGCUCUUAUUUAGAUAUGUUUCUCUAAAUUGAGGACAAUAUUUUUUUUAUUAAUUUAUGAGGCAUUUUUAUUCUCAGACUCAUGAACAGAGAAUACGAAUAGGGUACUCCUGGGAGAUUUUUUAAAAUCCUUAUACAGAUUUUCCAAGUAAAUUUGAAGGAUAUGUAUGAAGGGCACUAUGUAUUAGGCGGUAAGUGGAUGCUAAUGAUGACUCCACUAACCUGCACUACAACAUUGUAGCGCUCGUCGGUGUCUUUGAUUUAAACAUCGAUUUGAUUAGAUUUGUAGAUACCUUUCACCUCUGCAGAGUAUUUCCAUAGUGAGAUUGUGCCUCUGAGUGAGGGUGGAGGAGCCGAGAAUGGACAUUUCCUAAUUAGGGUGAGUAAUGAGUCUUGAGCUGGGGCAUGUGUGAGUGCACCCCCAGGACAAGGCACCCACCAGACAAUGCAAAUCCACCCACAGAGCUACAAUCAUUUAAGCGGGGGUAUUUUUAACAGCACUUACCUCUUCGCGCUGCCCGCUGCAAGCCGCAUUUAGGCUGUUUAAAACAGAAAACAUAUGGAGAUUACUGGACAUGGCCAUGAUUAAAUAAACUCAACAAAUGUCCUGCCUUGAGGGGGAGAAAGCACAUUAUGCCACUUUCAAAGCCAUUUAGCAAGCGAAAUAAAAAUUCAAACAACAAGCCAUGAUACACUGUGAUUAACCUCCCUUCCCCCAGCCAUCUCGGAGCUGUGGAUUCACCAACAGAAAGCAGCGGGUAAGAUCGCUGACCUGGAAUUAAUGACAAGUGAGAAAGAUAGCAAUGAGUGAUAAAAUGAAUGUCGCAAAGCCUCAGUCGCAACUUUGUCUAUUCGAAUACUGUCACUCGAUUCAGGUUCACCCAAAGGAUCAACUCUCAUCCCUUUUCUGGCCUAACAAUCACUAAAGUAAAUCUGGAAAAUAUCUCAGUUGGUCUCUUUAAUUGCCAAUACCUCAGAUACGGUUCAUAAAAAUACAACUAUUUAUUUUCUGUCUGAGAUUAAAUUAUCCCUUUCUGUUUUAGGUCAGCUGGAAAAAAAAAAAAAAAGAAAAAUGAGGCAGGCACUUUUUUUGUAUUAUUUUCUUCAAAUCUUGAAGUUUACAUACAGAUUACACGUUUACAUGUAGACACGCCUGUGGAUGUGUUUUAGACCCACAGCUGAAACACACUGCUUUCUGAUGGGAAUACAAGAUAGCAGGGAUGGGAUUGAGAUUCUCCACAAGUCUGGUUUAUCUUGAUUUUAGAUAGAUGAUGGUGCCACAUUAUUCAACCAAUUAUUCACAAAUACAAGCAUCUAAGUAAUGUCCAUUUACUUUUAAGAAAGAUUACAAUUUCUGGGUUCCUGAGAAGAACUUGUUUUGAUUUAAAAAAAAAAAAAGUAUUUCAACCUCAAAACAAAAACAAAAUAACUUUAAAUUAGACUAACUGGCAAUCACAAGCAGGGAUUUGAAUUUUGGUAGACAUGUUCAGUGAUCGUAUAAAAAUUAAAAUGCUUAGCCAUAACAUUUGGCCUAUAUUCAGUAAAGAAAGGGGGAACUUACAAGCCAUAGAACACCAGUUUUACUGUGAACAGUACUUCACAACAUAGAUGUCAUAAUAGAGUCAUCAACCAAGAAGUUUUGGUUUUCUGACACAACUGAGUAACAGCACUAAUAAGAGAGGCUAUCGUACAGUUUGGCAGUCCCAGGGUCCGAAAACUCCAAAUACACUCGGAAGCUGUCGUGAGUUUUUACAGAUUAUUGUUAUGGAGUCGCUCUCGUGACUCAGUGAUUCCACCCACUAGCCAAUCAGUGGCCAAAAGUCUUCUGACAUCAUGUGUUCAGCCCAACUCUGCACACUUGGAACUCCAGCAAAUUAGGUUCUAAAAAAAGGUGCUUGUACCACAGAACCCUUAAUAUUGGAAAACUCUUAUAACAGUAUAGAGCAAAGUCAACCCUCUCUGAGUAGGCUCUGGCAGACAAGGGCCAAAAGUGGCUUAAGGCUGACGAGGUCAGUGACCAUCACAAAGCCCUUAUCUCAGUCCUAUAGACAAAUUAUGGGCAGAGCUGAAAAGGUGUGCGUUUGAGCGAAGAGGCCUAUAAACCUGAUGCAGUUACACAAAUUCAGUGAGAAGAAUUGAGACAAAUUCUAAUAAUCUCUUGUGAUAAACUUGAGGACACACAUCCACAGUGUGGAAAGUCAUACAGUUUGAAAGGCAAUUUUAGCAAAUACUAAGGAAAUGUAUGCAAACUUCUGACUUCUGAUUCUCUGAAAACUCUUUCUCGUCAUUAUUUUCUGGCAGUUAAGAAAUAUUUUUGGUAGUCCAGCUGAUUUACAACAGGAAAGAUUUAGCCUGAUUUAAUGGCAAACAAUGAGUCCUAAGGCUAUAUUAAUUUUUGACAAUAUUUGUAAAUAUCUUGUUUGAACAGAAAUGGAUUAACAGGAGAUUUAAAAAAUAUAAAUAAAUAAAAAUAAUAAUAAUAAAAAAACAAGCCCACCUUGUCCACCUUUCUUCUGGCUUGAUGAACCAGCCUGACAUCCUGUUGUUCACAAAUGGGAGAGAAAAUACAUAUCACCAGGAUUGCCCUUUCUUUUGAACUCAAGCUAAGUGAACUGUCUUUACUUCUCUCUGAAACAAAGAUGCUCCUCUUGAUAAAAGUUUGAUGCACCUAAAUACACUCAGAAGUGUGUUGGAUAAUGUUUAAUUUGUACUUUAACGUUGAUUUAAUGUUGGAUUCACUUGAGUAUAUUUUACCUCUCUGUAAUGUGUAUUGUAUGGUGAUCAUUUAUGUGCACAGAUGGACAAAUUACAGUAACAAAAUUGGCAAAGGCUGUUUGUUUUCUCUUUCUCUUUUUUUUUUCCUGCUGAUCAAAGACUCUCUGCAAACUGGCUGUGUGAAAAAAUUAAAUCUGUUGGUAGCGUUGGUGUACAUAGAUCCUCAUCACAACCCCAAGUCUGCUGUUCUGCCGGCGACGAUUUUUAGCAUGAAUCCCAAAGAUGAUUGGUAGAAACUGUUUACUCAUUUUAGUUCUAUUCGACGACCCACUUACCCCAGACGGAACUGAAAUUGACUGAACAUUUCAUCUUUUUUCCACAGUUCAUCUAGUACAAAGACAAUUGCCUUGAAAAUAUGUCUUUGCAAGAGAGAAUCUAGUUGUUAUCCUAAAUGUUGGUAUAUUUAUAUAGGAUAAAAUGCUUGUGAUGCCAUGUUUUUGUACAGUUUUAUGUACAUACAAGUGAAGCUUUCUAAAAGUUGAGAAAAGCCGAUGGCAUAUAAAAAUUGUAACAUGUUUUAUUGAGAUGUGCACAUCUUGCCUUGGUUGGAUUGACCUUUGCUGAGUCAGUGUGAAUGUGGCCGUUCUAUGCCUGCACUGUAGUCAUUCACCGGCUCUCACCUCCUGAGGACUUAAUCAGUUUUUCUGUUUAUUGUGAACAGUGGAUUGUCUUCUCUUACCAGUUUGUUAAACUCCUGUGUUCUGCUUUGUUCUCUUUCCGCAUGUUGGCAAAUUCUCUUGUAAUACUGUAAGUCCUCAUGAACUUUAUAAUAAAAUCACUUCAGGGA